AUGCAAGCAGCGUACAUCAGUCUGUUGUUUCUACCACUUCUGCUCAACUCUUUCUAUGUCUUUGCCGGAGACAUAUGCGAUGGGGCUCAAUUUGCGGCCGCAUUCGACAACGCACAAAGACAGGCCCUUCUGGAUGCACAUAACAACCUCAGGAAAAACAUUGCCGACGGUAAACAAGACAGUAAGAAUGGAAAACUGCCAUCAGCAAAGAAUAUGUAUCAAUUGAAAUACAGCUGUCGAAUGGAAACGAUACUUCAAGCUGAACUUGACAAAUGUACUGGAAGUGCGACACUCACGAGCCAGUACGGACAGAACAUUCUUACAAGCGCUUCAUUGAAUGGACUUGCGAAAGCGGAGCUUAUAAAAGCUGCUAUCGAGAUUUGGACUGGUCCACUUAAACACUAUGGACUUAAAAACAUUACGAAUUAUGAUGAUGAUCGACUUUAUACAUUUGCAAAUAUGGCAUAUGCAAAAACUCUAAGAUUCGGUUGCGCUUAUAAACAGUGUAACCAGCCUCAAGAAGCGCACAUAUCGUGCAUAUACAACCUUAUAGGCGGAUUCCGAGGGAAUGCUCUUUAUGAACAAGGCAAUAAAUGCAGCAAAAAUAAGGAUUGUACCACCUAUAGCGGUUCCACAUGUGUAACUGCUGAUGGACUGUGCAAGUUUACAGGAACACCUCCACGACCAGGCGGAGGAACGAGUACUAUGUGCAAAAAUGAUGCAAUGACAGACCAGGCAAGGACAGCGGUGCUUGAGGCCCACAAUAAUAGAAGAAGUCUCCUUGCCAGAGGUUUGGUGCGAAAUGGCAAGAAUCCAACAAACAGAAAUUUAUCCGCAGCUACCUACAUGCCUGCAAUGGUGUACGAAUGCAAUCUUGAAACGGAAGCAAUGAAUUAUGCGAGCACUUGUCCUCAAACGAAAUCAUCAGAAAGUGAUCGGUCUGGUCACGGCGAAAAUAUAUACGUUUACUCCACUCCGCAUGCUGAUCCAGUUGUAGCCUUUAAGGAGGCCACAGAAAACUGGUGGAAUCAAAUUAACGCCGAUGGAAUUAAUGGGGGAGUGACGUUCACACAAAACCUGAGGGAUAAAACGAUCGAUCAGAAAGCUUUCACUCAGAUGGCAUGGGCAAAAAGUGUGCAGAUUGGUUGUGCAAUAAACACAUGCGAUCGAUCAUCGGUCCUUGUCUGCCGUUAUAAUCCUGCAGGCAACACACUCAAUCAGCAGAUAUAUCAGCCUGGCAGAGUGUGUAGUGGUUGUUUGGGAGCCUGUAGCACAUCUGAUGGUCUUUGCAAAAUCUUGUGA